AAUCGCGGCCAAGUUCGAGUAUAUUACCGACCGACACACAGACUGCAGGCGAGCUAAUGUACUACUGCUAGACUUGCGCGAUUUAUCAGGUCGUCGAACGAAACUCGCUUGGGGCUAUCGCGCGCUCAGGUGCUGUACAUCGCCAGUGACAGAAGGUUCCUGGUACUUUUUUUCAACGAGCAUAAUCACGACGAGCUGCCCGCCGGCAGUACCGCCCAUAACUCCUCGAAAUGCAAGCCAACUUGGUGAAUCUUAUGGCCGUGUCUAUGAGGCCAAUAUGUAUGAAACGGGCCGCAAAUCCCAUUCUAGCAGCUAUGCAGCAGCGGAGAUAUGCUAGCACACUUGAUGCUGACAUUGUUGUGAUUGGCUCUGGCCCUGGUGGCUAUGUAGCCUCUAUCAAAGCUGCUCAAUUAGGUAUGAAAACAGUUUGUGUUGAGAAGGAUCCAACUUUGGGAGGAACUUGUCUAAAUGUAGGAUGUAUUCCAUCAAAGUCCCUUUUAAACAACUCACAUUAUUAUCAUAUGGCACACAGUGGAGAUUUGGAUGACAGAGGAAUCAAAGUUUCUGGAGUAACUCUUGACUUGCCCAAACUUAUGCAACAAAAGACAAAUGUUGUAAAAGCUCUGACUGGAGGAAUUGCUGGAUUAUUCAAAAAGAACAAAAUAGAAUUAGUUACUGGUCAUGGAAAAAUUACUGGAAAAAAUCAAGUCACAGCAUUAGGUCCAGAUGGUUCAACAGUAGCUACAAUCAAUACUAAAAACAUUCUUAUCGCUACUGGCAGUGAAGUUACACCAUUUCAAGGAGUUCCAGUUGAUGAGAAACAAAUUGUUUCUUCUACUGGAGCACUUUCUCUUGCAGAAGUUCCAAAGAAAAUGAUUGUCAUUGGUGCUGGUGUGAUUGGUCUGGAAUUGGGAUCUGUAUGGCAAAGGUUAGGCUCUGAUGUUACGCUGGUUGAAUUUAUGCCUGCCAUUGGUGGAGUGGGCAUAGAUGCUGAAGUAAGUAAAACCAUGCAGAAAAUCAUGACCAAACAAGGUCUCAAAUUCAAGUUGGGAACUAAAGUAACAGCAGCUGCUAAAACCAAUGGCGAUAUUCAAGUAGCUCUUGAAGAUGCUAAAGACCCUAGCAAGAAGGAAAAUGUAAGCUGCAAUGUUCUUUUAGUAUGCAUCGGUAGAAGACCAUACACCCAAAAUCUUGGUUUAGAAGAAAUAGGAAUCGAAAGGGACGAAAAAGGAAGAAUUCCAGUCAACAGCCGAUUCCAAACUGUUAUCCCAAGUAUCUAUGCUAUUGGAGAUUGUAUUCAUGGACCUAUGUUGGCACACAAAGCAGAAGAUGAAGGUAUCAUAACUGUUGAAGGCAUUGCAGGAGGUGCUGUACACAUUGACUACAACUGCGUACCAAGUGUAAUUUACACCCACCCAGAAGUAGCUUGGGUUGGAAAAUCAGAGGAAGACUUGAAGAAGGAAGGAAUUGACUACAAAGUUGGUAAAUUCCCCUUCAUGGCCAAUUCAAGAGCAAAGACGAAUUUGGAAACCGACGGUUUCGCUAAAGUCUUAGCUGACAAAAACACCGAUAAAAUUCUUGGUGUUCAUAUGAUUGGACCAGCCGCUGGCGAACUUAUCAACGAGGCAGUUCUUGCUAUGGAAUAUGGUGCAAGUGCUGAGGAUGUUGCACGAGUUUGUCACGCUCACCCGACUUGCGCUGAAGCAUUGAGAGAAGCACACUUGUCGGCGUACUGCGGCAAACCAAUUAAUUUCUAAGAUAUUCCAUCUCAACUUGUGAGCACGCCAUAAAUCUCAGGCUAACGAUGCGGCUUUGUUAUCUAGUUUGCAUUGUGAAGCGCUGAAAUUUGAGAUUAACUAAGUUGAAGUUCAAUCAUCUAUGUUGAUCGCAACUUCAGAAAUUUACUACGAACGAGACUCAAUGGGAAAUCAUCAAAACCAAACUAGAUACUUUGUAAAUAAGAUAUUUAAAUCUAUGACACACAACUUAAAGAACGCUUGUUUCUCAAACGGGUUUAUUGUCAAAUGAGCCUGACAUUUCUUGAGAAUAAAUCGUUAGGUACCACGUCUUGAAGACGUGCAAACUGUAAAACGUUGAAAUCAAGUUUCUUGACGAUCCUCUCCAUAAUGAAACUGAUUCUCUAACAUGGAUAAUUCAUUGUUUUUAGUUCAUGGCGUUCGAUCUCGUUCGAUAUGCAUUUUUAAUUCAAAUAUCAUUAUUCAAUGUCCAUUAUAUUUGCUUUCGAUUAUUGUUAUGCAAAAAUUUAGAGCACUCAUUUCAGUUCCAAUUGAACAAAUUAAUGCUUUAAUGUAAAUGUUACUAAAAAUAAA